AUAGUUUCAUAUUCAAUGUGGACAAUCAAAGUCAUUCAGCUUGUCAUCAUCGAGGAGGGAAGCUACGAGAAGGACGUACUGUUCUACGUGAAUAUCGGCGAGCCCCAGCAAAUUGGAGAUGAACUAGCAGGUAUCAUCGAAGCGGCGGAAGCGAAACCCGCCGAAGAACUGACGGAGGAGGACAAGAUGGCGCUACUCGGCAGGCCCAAGGCCGGUGAUAUUGUCAGGGCACAACUUAGGAUAAAAGAGAGUAAAGAAUUUAAGUCGCUCGUUUGCAGAAUUGCAUUUCUUAACACCGUAGAUAAGCUAGUCCAGCGAGCAAACGCUUCGCUUCUGAUCGGAACCUCCUCGUGGAAGGAACAAUUUGUCGAAGCGGUGACCGUCAGUGCAGGGGAUGACGACGGCGAUAGCGAAGGCGAAGAUGCACCCACCCCAAGCUGUUCGGACUACAUAAUGCAUUUCCUCACCUUGUUCUGGAAGAUCAUCUUUGCCUUUAUUCCACCGACAGACAUUGGCGGUGGCUAUCUGUGCUUCGUUGUUUCCAUUUUCUGCAUAGGUGUAGUGACGGCAAUCAUCGGCGAUGUGGCAUCACACUUCGGCUGUACGCUGGGAAUUAAAGAUUCUGUCACUGCCAUUGUCUUCGUCGCGAUGGGAACGAGUAUACCGGACACGUUCGCCAGCAAGGUCGCUGCCAUUCAGGAUAAGUACGCCGAUGCUAGUAUUGGAAACGUCACCGGCAGUAACGCCGUUAACGUAUUCCUCGGUAUCGGUCUUGCCUGGACCAUCGGUGCCUGCUACCAUGCCUUUCAUGGGCAGGAUUUCGAGGUGCAACCCGGAUCACUGGCCUUUUCGGUGACCCUAUUCUGCACGGAAGCCUUCGUGGCAAUCUUUAUCCUGAUGUUCCGCCGAAAUCCCAAGAUCGGCGGCGAGCUGGGUGGUCCCAAGAAACCGAAGUUCUUGACGGCCUGCUUCCUGUUCUCGCUGUGGAUCAUCUAUCUAGUGAUGAGUAGCUUAGAAGCGUACGGAGUCAUCAAAGGGUUCUAAGUGCUGUGCAGCAGUUCGGAUUGCUGUUCAAAACAAACUAGCUAGCCAGCCCCGUCAAAGGCACACGUACGAACACAUGCAUACAGACACUUACUCAUUCGCAGCACCGACAGUGUAUAUCGAUUCCAUGUAUUUUCUCUGCUUUCCUUUUUAUUUAUAUUUUGUACAAUCAUCCGUGCGAAGAGUUUCUAUCGUAUGAAGGAACCAUAGUUAGUGUGCCAACAUUAGGUACCGUAAGAAAACCCAACGUGUUAGCUAUCGACAACCAGAGUAAAAAAAAGUCAACCAUUUGUUUAAGCUAUUUAUUUGAAACCUGUAGUGAUUAAGAUGGGUCACUUGUUAUCUCUAGGAAGCGAACAGCAACAGAAAACAGUUACUUAAAAAGUUUGGUUUUGUCGAAUGGAAAAAAAACCCAAACAAUACCGAAACCCUUCACGUUUAAUCGCAAGUGAAUCAUAAGACAUUUUAAUUUAAUAGCUGUAUUGUUGAUAAUUUGUAAGAGUAUGUUAAUUGGAGGAGCUGAAGCCAUUUUUCCAAGCUAUAAACUGCAAAGACAAAUAGCUUCCAUCUCCUCACGGCGUUGAACCGAACAACCAAACAAAAUGAAAAUGCCAAAUUGUUAAGGAUUAUUACUAUUUAAAGAUGCAUCCAUAUAUAUAUAGAGUGUAUAGCUAAGGUACUGUUUAACUAGGAUAAUAAAUGAAACCAAAAGUUUCGGCUAUUGAACAAAAAAAACCCAGUGCAAUGAACACGAAAUUCGGUACGGACGUGAGACGUAGACAACUUUUCUGCCGAGUUCGGCACUGAAACUGCUUUGGUAUUAGGCUUUAGCAUUGAUUCUAGUCAAAUCUGGACUGUAUCCUCUUUUGGUGUCACACUAUCGAUUUUCGCAUUGUAUAUACUUUUGUUUUCUGAUUCUAUAGGUUCUUUGAGUUUAUUAGGCAGGGCUCAAAAGUGUUGCCGCCCGUUUCGUUCACCUUUGUUGAUAUGGUAAGUCUUUCUUGGUGUGCACACGAAAACGGACGCAUUAUUUAGGUAGAGUGAUGAAGACAUAUCUUAUUUGAGGAUUUGUUCGUUAGGUCCAACAAUCAAAUUCCUAAGCAUAUAACACUGGACAAGAGCAGCGAUAGCCUCUAGUCCCAUAUUGUACUAGAGAGAAAGAGACAGUUUGUAUUAGGACUAGCGUAAGUUGUGAAUCGAACAUAUGAAACGAGAAAACCGAAUGGUCCAACAAAAUACUAACAGCAGACAGCGCGUAUUGUGAUACUUAUUAAUCGAACCUUUUCUAGAUGGCGCCAGCGUUCACUGGUUUUUGAAAGAAAGGUUGAGUAUUGCGUUCGACAUUUCAUCUUUGAGAUCAUCAAUAUGUACUGAUAUUUUUUGUCAUUUCUUUGUAUCACCCAUAACAUAUAGUCAGCCGUACAUCUCAGGAAUUUCUAUCCCACGUAUUUAGAGUGAGUGACGGCUUUUUGUCCCUUGAUCAAGUUUCCCGAUGCAGAAACUCGACCGCAGAAAGCGCCAUGAAUUUCAAAAAAUUCAACAUGAAUUGUUUUCGAUGAGAAAAUGGAUAUAUUUUGUAAGUAGCGGUUGCUCACCACUCGGGUUCUUGUUCGCCCGGCGGACCCUUCUUGUCAGGGCGGACUAGGUGCUUCUACCGUAAAUUCGGAUUUUCGAAUGUAAACAAAAUGGUAAAAUAAAAUAAAUUUUACCGUUUAUUCCCUCUAAUUCUUUCCACUGCAGCUGCUGCUGAUCUGCUACUGCUGGGCGAAAAGGCCGAGUUCUUCCGAUUUUAGUUGGCUGCUCUAGCAGCGGUCGAUGAAAAUUAGCUAGGGAGGUGAGCUUGAUUCUUUUGUUUUGUUUUGCUCCUUAGCGACAGGGCGAAUAAUCGCCGGGUCCACUCACUCCCCGUGAAAGGCCCAAGUAUACACCGCAGUGACCUACCUCAGGUGGAUCCGCUGUCCAACCUGCUUCGCUCUCCUUGACGAUUAACAGUGCAGGAGAGCUAGGCUCGUUCGGCUGAUCCUCCACUGCGAGAGCGGCUUGGUGUCUUCUGGGUCCUUUAUGGAAAGCGAGUGGCUUCUUAACGAUUAGCUUCCCUAAUCAGCGAUCCGACACCAGACAACAGUUCUAGAACCACGGACCGGCACUUUUGCGGGAAUUUCCGCACACACGCGUUAUUUGGCGGGGCUGGAUUUUCCCAGUAACCAAUCGUUCACCACCGAAAAUAAACCGACCUGAACUGCAAUGUGGACUCAACUACGAUGUAAAUAAACCGCCCGCCUUGCACCACCGAUGUCGCUGACACCCAUCGUUUCGCGAAUUCAGCAAACUUUUCGACAGCAAGAAAGAAUUGUGACCUAUCUACCCCUAUGUUACUUACUCACAAACAUAAGCCAAAAUUAUCUAACCUAUUCGCAUGAACAAAACCGUUCACAAACGCGAAAAUGAACAAAAAUUGUAAACUAAAUGUGAACGGUAUCGAACAGCGGUGAGCAUAAUUUUAUGUAAACAAAUACACGCUACGAAGUGUAUACACAAAAACAGGUAUAUUUCCACCCAGUGCUAAAUUGUUACCCUGGCGGGUUACAAUUCUCAACAAACAUAGGAUUACGGCCUAAAAGCCAACUGUCAAAAUCCACUUUGAAUGGAAAUUCCAGACAAACCGUUACUUGUCGAACACAGUUCACAACAGUUUAUGAAAGAGAAAACAUUUCUCUUUCGUUUACUAUCAACAUCUGUGAUUAGCAUGUAACGGCUUGUCCGGAAUUUCCAUUCAAAGUGGAUUUUGACAGUUGGCUUUUAGGCCGUAAUCAUAUUGCGCAUUUUGCACCUAACAAGACUCCUGCGUUGAAAAUAUUUGCACAGUGCAUUUUCCUCACUACACAUAUACAUAUGCGUUCUGUAUUCUCAUACCCUAUCUGACAGUUCGUUUUGUUUUGUGGUUACAAUUUGCUGCUGAUAAAUUAGGUAGAUAUUUUUCAAGAUUUUAUAACAAAAGACUAAACUAGGUGAUAUGUUAUUGCAGAAAUUGCCUCGGUAAACACGGAUUGAAACAACAAAUGAUUACGAUUUACAAUUCCCGGAUUCGUAUCCGGAAGUUGUAGAGUGUUUAAAAAGAAUCAACUCUUCUCGUAACGAUCUUUUGCGUUACGAUGACUUUAUUGAUGCUGCGUUGUCAACUGAAAUGAUUUAAUACAGCUUAAGCUUGUCCGACAUCGGAAUGGAUAUCAGCAAAGCAGAAAAUGUUGACAACAAAGUGAAAGAAGAUUUUCAACAAAGUGACAACAAAGUGAAAGAAGAAAGUGAAGAUUUUCUCAGAACAAAUUGCCGGAAGAAUUGCUUGGUCGCUGGCUACUGAUUGCGGUACGAGAUUUUAAGAGCCAGAGUUCCGACAUAUAUUGCUGUCAAAAUUCUGCAUGAGUAUUAGUGAGUGAGGAAAACUAGCAGUCAAAAAUUUCACGCGCUAGAGUCUUAAAAUUCAUAGGAUGGGCAAUAUGUUUGUCGAGAAUUUAUUAUUACUCACUUCCCACUCAAGACGGAUACAGGUGUGCACAUUUUUUUCUAUGUGUGAGUGCGGUUGUCAUUUUUCUUUGACGAAGCCAAGAAACAAGAGGAUAUGAAGAAGAAAAGCACAAACAGUUGACGUAGCGGGCCCUUCUGUUGCCAUAAGUUUUGUUUCGGUUCGGUCAUAGUUAAUUUAAUCGGUUUUUUUUUCGAGAUAAAAAGUGUCCAUAAGUGUUCUAAUCGAUAGAUCCGAAGUGAAGCUCGGCCUUUUCUCACUUUUCAUCGUGCGCCAAAGAAUCAGGAUGCUCGUUCGGAUGUUGAUGUUUACUUCAAAGGCCCCGGCCGCCAUGCUUAAUUUUGCAAGUAUAAUACUAAUACACUCAAAAGUGUCAAACCUUUCUCUCCAUCUUGCUUCCCACUAACCUGAACUUUGAAGUUUCAAAGUGCGAGCAAUCAAACUGCUUCUUUAAACCGCUAACUGUUGAAACACAUACACGGAUACGAAAAACUACCACAAGUUGAGCUCUUUUGACUCAAUCUCGGGGUAUCGUGGAAUAAGGUUAAACUAGGUAAACCGUGUUGAAGGUAAUUUCCCUUCAAUGACGGCAAAAAGCACAACUCAUUGAUAGGUUUUUUAUACUCAACCUCGAGUUAAAUAUACUUAAAUUUAAGUUGAAUCUACCCAAUUUUGAGUAUACCUCAAACCUUAUUCCACUGAAGACCUCGACUGAGUCGAAUCUCUCGCUUUGUUUUUGACAACACUAAUAAGCGCGAAAGCGAUGCAAAACUCAAAAGUACCUAAAUUUAAGUUAAAAGAACUUAUUCUGUGGGUUGUUUCAUUUCUCCGUGUACAUUUCAGGGGAUAUAGUAUUCUCAUAGACAGACCAAUCGAACUAACCAGUCUAUGAGAAGAAUUUAUUAGAAGAAUUUUAAGUGCGCAGUGCGGUUGAAUUCCAAUCUUAAUUGCCACAAUUAUUUUUUUUUUGAAUUGCUGGUUAUUUCGUUUUUACAGUUUGGAAUGAUCACGAUUUGGACCCAAAAGCCUGCUGCCAAAUUCUGAUGUGGCCAAAUUCCGGGGGUGUGCGGCUGCCUUAAAAGACAAUUACGCAAAGGGCCACUUGUCUAGGAAAAAGAGAUUGUAGUUACUAGAGGGCGCAUGCUAACAGUGGCAUUAGCCAGUCAUAUCCUCACUCUUACAAAUAAGUCCGCUAGGUUGAUAUGUAUUGCCCAGGGUCGUGUCAGAGUUGCGAGUGACGAGUGACAAGAGCACUUUGCGCCCUCUAGUAGUUAUAAUCUCUUUCGUCUAAACGAUUACCUCGGCCAAAAUAAACAACUACACCAUGUGUUAUCGCGUGAUCAUAAUUAUUUCGGAUGAAGUCAUUUCAAGUAUGAACAAUUUUAGAAGUUGGGUCAUUAAGUGGAAAAUAAAAUUAUCCUUUUAUUUCCCAAGCAAUCAAAAGUUCGUAUAAGGGAGCUGCAUAAGCUUUUCGUUUUAAGUAAUUUUUCAAUACGUUUUACGUUCUGAUAGCGGCUUAAGCAGCUUUCAAGUACCAUUAAAGCUUAAGCAGCUUGAAAGUUCGUAAAGAACUUUAUGUGUACUUUAAAGUGCACUUUUUAAGUAUUAUCCGAACUUCUGGUUGCUUGGGUUCGUAAACCGAUAGAGCUCAUCUUUCCAAAUAUAACAAUAUAUAUGUUCAACAUUUGAAAAUUCAGAAUAAUUUUUAAUUUAGUUUUCUAAAAAAAUGUAAACACCUCGUUUGACACUAUCGAUCUUCCUUAACAGUGAAUUUAACCACGUGGGUUAGCAUUUUUGACAGUUAUUCCACCAAGGAUAGGGAUCAAGGUAGUUGGAAUGGAAGGUAUGGUCGUGAAAAUUCAAUUUUCUAAAAUAUUUUUUUUAAAAACAAACAAGAAAACGAAAGUUGAUUUCGUAUCUUCAACGUCAGCUGCAUCGGAUAAAAUCAAAAACAGCAUAUUGCUUAAUGACCCAGUUGCCAAAACAUUAAAAACAAUUCUUUGUUGAUUCUCGAUUAUUAGCUCUAAUGUAACAAGUGUCAAAAAAAUAAAUAAAAUUUGAACGGUUUCUAUCCAGCUGUCCUGUCCUGAUCGUUCUGUAAACAACUAUUGUCAGAAUAGGGACUACACAAGCAGCAUGCAAAUAUAAAAUUGGCCAUCAAUAUGGCACGUAAAUAGCUGGAUUCCUUUUUUCCAACAAUAGUAAAACGUCAGACGCAUUAUCGUCAGAAAAAAUUGCAGUUUCAACUGUUUUCAAAUAACCAAGUAUGCCGUGCAUGUUGUUGAAAACAAUUACACGCAUUGAGACCAGUUUCAUUGUUUGGUAAAUAACACGCUACACCCGAAUCGAUAAUCAGAAAAAGAAAAUCAGUCGCGCGAAAAAUUAUUAUUCUUCCAUUUAGAGACCGUAUUAGAGGUAAGAAUUUUUAGUUGUUGAAAAUCGGUUAAACACUUUUUAGUAUAUUACACGAGAGUUACAAUGUUGUCGAGGGUUAAGAUUAAAUAUAAAAAACAUAUUAAAUAAGAGAAACGUCCACGCCGCGUGAAAGAGAGGAAACCUCUAGUUUUAUAUAAGUAUAUAAUAAAAUGCGAAACAGCGAAAUCGUUUUCAUAUGCCAUAGCAGUGUAUUAUUUUAUAAAAGCCGUAAAUUAGAGUUACAUACCUACAGACAAAAAACAAAUAGUUCGAAGACAGAGGAGAACGAUCGGUUCGAAGUGGCCUCAGUUUCUGAAACAAACACCAUUGUUAUAAAUCAGUCUUGGAUUUUAUUUGUAAUGAAUUACUUUACGCAGGAAAAGUUCCACACAGCGUUAAAAUGAUAUUAGCUCCAACCAUCUAUAGAAAACAUUGUCCUGAAACCGAAACCAAAGUGAAUGUGCAUAUUAUUUCCCUCUCACCAUUGAGACGUAGGUAAUAGAAAUUGAAAAUUUGUUACACGGUGUUAUUCUGUUAUUGUUGACAGAUUUAAUUAACUGUAAAACCUGAAAGAGAAAAUGAAACAACAAUAAAGAAAGGCGGCAAACGUGUUAAUAUAAACGAAAGAAAAAGAAACGCAAAAUAGGUAUAUUUUUAUGAGAAACACACAAACAAUUGCAGCCGAACAGCAACCACCUGAAUGUGAAAAAAACACUUUGCUGAAGAAACAUUUUUACCCAACAAAACAACUCUAAAUGUUUCCUUCCCUAACCUAAAUAGCAAAUCUUAUAAAAUCGAAACAAAGUUUCGUUACUACCAAUUAAAUGGCCGCGUUUAGUGACAUAGCUGUCAUAUAUGUAAAAACUCGAAUCCCUUUGUACUUCAACUGAAUGUGACCAUAGAGAACAACAACUAACAAAAUAAUGAAAAUUGCUGUUUUACCCAGUAAGCCUCCGUAUAGGAACGAAUGUUGAAAAUAUAAAACGAACAACAGACAAAUGUAACUAUCUUCCAACUAGCAAUUGAAAGUAAAGCAAAUAAAAACGUACCCAAACAAGCAGAAAACUAUUAGCAGUGUACUCAAUGUUGAACUACCAGUUACCCAAACAAAAAAAAUGGGACAUCGAUUUCUGAUUCGAUUCGACACCCACAGACUAUUCCUGAACCAACCCUUCACUAUACCGAGGGAAAUAAUCCACCUAAACAAAAUCGAACGAAGAUUUUUUCCAUUAUCCUUUUUAACCGCUAGUAAAUUAGUCCUACAAUCAUACGGAGAAAAGCGAAAUUCUAACUCUGCCUCUUUUUCGGCUAACAUAAUCAUAUAACUCAAAAAAAUAUCAAUCUAUUGAUAAAACGCUGUAUAGUUAUAAGGCAUCCUCAUAUCUAUACUCUAUACCUUAGAAAGGUCUGCGUAGACUUCACUUUCUCUUCGAUCUUUUUCUCUAUACCAAUCUAUUGCUCAACUCAAGCAUGCAAGAAAUUUAAGAAAAAAAAUGAAAAUUCAAUCCUACCAACCUUGAAACAAGUCUACUUAACAAUAUCCCUAUAACCUUGAUAAUGAUGGAAAGGAGCAAAGAUACAGCCAAAAUAACAUAAAGCAAAAGAAAUGGAAAACACAAUAGGACCCAAAACGAUCCUCUUACACUGUAAACUGUUUACAUUGAGUAUCGCCAACCCCAGUUCCAAAACUGAACGAAACAAAAGAAAACAUUCGUGAAAGUGUAUGUGACUGCUACAGUGAAAUAACCGAGAUUGAUUGUAAUCAGGCAUUGUAUUUUAUUAUCACUCACUCACACGAGUGAGAAAAGAAAACGCAUCUGCCCAUUCCUUUUCGUUUAAAAUUAUAUAGAACCACUAUCGCCGGAGUUCAUUUUUAUACAUGAAACGAAACGAAAAUGUCAAAACAUUUUCUCUAUUUUCUAUAUUGCAAUAAAACCCAAAAAUACCGAAACAUGAAUUUGUUAAGACAUGUAAACUCAUAAGCUCUUUGACCGGCACAGGGUUGCGUUUUGUUUAUCUGGAGAACUGGCCUGAGUGAAAAUUCUUGGUCAUUCGAAACUAUCUCGAAAUGAAGCGUUUAUUCCGGAUUCUUUACUCGCAGGAGUAAGAAAAAUUACAACGCCUGAUUAUAUUCAUAAAACAAGCAAAGCAGGUCUGACGAAAAACGAUCACCAAAUAGAACAGAAUGCCGUCGCAGAAAGAAGUUAAAGUGAAAAAAUAAAGAAAUUAAAUACAAAUGAUA